AAAGCCGGCAUAGCUAAUGUAUUGACCGUUCGUGGAAGUUAAGAGAGAGAAAAACAAAACCAAAAGUCUUUUCCCUUGUUUUAUGGGAAAACUCAGGAGAGAGAAACACAUUCAACUUCUAGAGAGAGAAAGUCUCUGAGUUUUUUUACCUUCACAGUCUCGGCUGGUGCUUUAUUUUUUAGAGGGGUUUUGUUUCCCCACUAAUGUUUCCAAGUCGAGAUUGUGUUACAUAUCAAAGGACCAGAUCAAAUGCCAUCGUUAAAAAUGAAGACCAAACUAAGCAUGGAUUCUUUAAGAGAAAAAAGUUGUCUGAGUGUGUGUCAAAAGUCUAGUAUGAUAUCCAAAAAAUCAGGUUCUCAUGUCAUGGUUCCUCGACAAGCAGCAGAAUGUGAUGCUUAUAUUCAGAAAUGUCAGAAUGGCUAUGUUCAAUCAAGUAUAGAAAUAUACACCCCGGAUAUUGAAAGUGAUGAUGCCAUUAACCAGCGAGAUUUUUCAAGUGAAGGAAAUUCUCAGAUUCAGAAACAUUCAUCAACUUUUCUGGAUUCAGGCACCAUGGGAAGAAUGGAAUCAACGUUUAAUUGUACAUCAAACUUGGAAACAAUUUUUUCACCUGCUCUGGAGCUCUUUGAAAUUCACUGCAUGCCAAACGCUGAUGACGAUGCAGGGAGCAACAAAGAUCUUAAUGUGCCAGGGUCGCGUGCUGAAGACAGUGAUGAUAACAGAAGCUCAUGUGACUAUCAAACAUGCAAUGUCUCAGAUUUCUUUAUUUCUGACAUGAUUGUUACUGGCUUACCAUUCGAUGGGAGCACAGUUGAUGAUGAUAUAACUGAGACCAAUCCUUUUCCUGAGUAUAAAUGUGCUGAGUCUAGUGUGUUGUUUGACAUGGCUGAGGAAUGUGUGAUGCUACCUUUUCUUGAAGACACUGCCAAAGUCAGCAAUUCCAGUGAUAUGAUAUCUUGUGAAGAGGUAGAUCAAGAUAAUGCUAGCUUCUACCUAGCAAUUAAUCAGAUACGAUCGUGCAACCAGGAAUCUGAUCUUAACAUUGAAUCAGACCAAGUAGAGGACUUUGAUCCUCAGUUCUUUAUCAAAAAUUUGCCUGAACUAUCUGAUGUGGAGUCAAAUUUUUGCCCAACGUUAUCUCCAAAGGAGUCUUGGAGAAGGAAGUCUGUAACACUGGUACUUGAUUUGGAUGAAACCCUGGUCCACUCUACUUUGGAACAUUGUGAUGAUGCAGACUUCACCUUUACUGUGUUUUUCAACUUGAAAGAGCACACUGUAUAUGUAAAACAGAGGCCUUUCCUCCAUAAAUUCUUGAAGAGAGUUGCAGAGAUGUUUGAAGUUGUUAUCUUUACAGCUAGCCAAAGCAUUUAUGCAGCACAGCUUUUGGACAUACUGGAUCCAGAUAAAAAGCUUAUAUCUCGUCGGGUUUACCGUGAGUCUUGCAUUUUCACAGAUGGAAGUUACACAAAAGAUUUGACAGUUUUAGGUGUUGAUCUUGCAAAAGUAGCCAUUAUUGAUAAUUCUCCACAGGUUUUCAGGCUGCAAGUAAAUAAUGGAAUUCCUAUUAAGAGUUGGUUUAGCGAUCCAUCAGAUUGUGCUCUAAUUUCAUUACUUCCCUUACUAGAGACCCUGGUUGAUGCUGAUGAUGUCCGCCCUAUCAUUGCAAAGAGAUUCGUGUGUGAGUGAGGAAGAAGGAGCUGAAUGAUUAUUUAAUAACUAGAAUCAUCGGAACUAUUGUAUCCUUCAUUUCUGAACUAAUUAAAAAAAAAAAAAUUAUAAUCUGUAUGAUGUGAACCAUGUGAUGCAUAGCAUAUUGAUUUUAGCGUUUUCUCCUUUUAUUCAGCUUUCUUGCAAUGGUGGCAUUUAUAGAAACAGUGUUCCUUCUCUGAUUAAUACUGUUUGCUUCAGUGAAAAUAUUCUUUCAUGUGAUUGAAUACAUAAUAUUCACCAUGGGUUCAUGACAUGCUAAUUGAAACUUGCUAAAGAAAAGUGCUUAUUAUCUCCCUUUGUGGAGGAUCUCCUAAGUUAGAUUAUUAUGGCAGUUUUUACUGAGUCUCCUGUUCGGUUCGGCAAAGGAAAAAAAAAAGUAGCAAUAAAGACAUAUUCUAUAAUAAGUUCUUCAGUUGAAAAAGAUGGUGGCAAGUUGACAGGGGAAGUGAUGAGUUACUGACUUUUCACAAACAUGGAAGGGAAAAGGAUAGGAGAAAUGCUCUAGAGUUAACAAAAUUUCCAUGCAGAAUGGCAUUGGGAAUUUCACAUUUUUCUUUCCCCAGGGAAUGCAUGGCAUAAACACUGUAUAAGGAUUUAAAAAUUAGUUAGGAGUAACUAACUCAAUUACAAGAAUAGGGACUGAGAAGCUUUAACUUCAGGAAGCAUUUGUGUAUUGAUUCUGCAAUAUGAAGUCUUUAGUGUUUUUUGCACAGAUAAAGUAUAUGUGAGGUUCAUAUUUUGGCGUUGUCAACCUCAGCUAUUUUCUUGUUAUGUUUCUGAACCUGAGGUAAUUGAACUCGGUUUGUUUAUUUAGUUGAGUUCGUAAUGCUUUUAUUUUUCUUUAUUUAUUGCCCUAUUUUAUUUUAUUUAUUUCCCUAUUUUAUGUUAUUGAUUCUAUAUUUAUAGUUUUAGUUUUUAAUUUUUUCAAUCUUCUGUGUCAUUUUUUUUCGGUGAUCUGCUAUCUUUUGAAUUUCCAUGCCCUUCAGAGAUUGCCAUCCUGGUUUAUAAUACUGUAAUUGCUCUUCUCAUUGGAGUAGUUGUAGACCUUUCUAGCACCUAGUUAGAACUUGAUGAUCUUAUCAAUCUUCUUUCCUGUAACUGUUGAUGUUCAUGUGGGGCUUUUGAUGCUCUCUAUCUUAAGUUUGUUUUAUGAUUGUAGGGGGAGGUAGUUUGCUAAAGUAGGGUGAUUGCAGAAAAGCUGGCUCUUUUCAACUAACCUACUGGAUAUUAACUUAUUAUUUGUGUCUCUCAUCUAGCACUGGUUUUGUGUAAUAUAUUUUGAUGCAUAAGGCACUAGAAUUGCUACUAGAGUUCUUAUUAUCUGUUUCUAUUUGUUACUCGAGAUGCCUUUAAUUUAGAAUAUCCUCUAGAACAAAUGAUGUCACAAUGAGGAAAGGAAUUUUUUAGGUGGGAUAAAGAUCAACAAAAACAAUGUUAUCCAUUACCACAUAUAAAUCUGGGUUCAUUAAAUUUGGAAGAAGGUUCUCUAUCCAAUUAAAAAGUGCAGUUCUGUGACGCAUUUCUUUGCCAUACAAUCGGAAAUCGCCAUAAGAAUGCCUCUGACGCAUAAUAAUUUCUUCUUGCUAGAGGAUGCAAUGGAGGCGAAUUUUAUUUGCAUUCCUAGAUUAUUAGAGCAAAUAAAUAGGUAGUUUGUGCUUGCAUGUCAGUUCGAAGUUUUAGUGUCAUUUUACGUAGGUUGAUAAUGUAGGAAGUAUCUGUACGAGGGAGAGACCCUGAUUUGGAGUCAUUUUAGGUCCCUUUCAUAGCUAUUAAGGAGACUGAGAAGGAAAGAGUAGAUGCCCAUCAGCCUGUCGGAUGGAACUGGGAAGGAAACUUUGAUGUGGUGUCUGCUAUAUAAACCCAUCAGCCUGUGUUAACAUAUGCUGAAUAUUACAAAUAUUAUUUUUUAUAAUUUUGCAUACCUUAUCUGCAGGUCAGGUGAGGAACGUCCUAUAUAAUCUGCUAGUGGAAAAAAUGUAAGUACGUUGAGUUCCAUUGCUACCGUCUUUCUUAACUUGUAGAUAUAGCAAUUUGUUAGACCAUGGACUGUCCUGACUUUUCUUUCUCAUUGAAUUUCCUAAGCAGUGUUAACUAUAGAUUGGUUGUAUAGCCCCAUUUGGAAAUGUUAAGAGAUUUAUCAGUUUGUAUUCUUUUGUAUCCUUGAAUGUCAAAUGAGUAUAUAAUUUGUAAGAACA